AAGACCAAUAAAAAACCCACCUGGCGUCUUAACGUCGUCUGAGCAGGGAGGAGUCCGAGCACCAGCUCCGUGAGAUGAAGCUGCAGCAUGCCGAGUUUCAGCGCCGCCUCCUCCACCAGCUCCACCGGGAGCGCCAGAGGCUGCAGGAGCAGAGAGCAUUCUGGGAGAAGCGGCUCGAGGAGGAGCGAUCCGCUAUCUGUGGCCGGUUUUCCUCGGAGAAGAAGAACCUGAAGGAGCAGCACGAGGAGGCGGCCCUUCAGCUGAGGGAGCAAGUGUUCUGUUUACAAGAAGCCGCACAGAGUGCCGACCUGCGAAUCGGCCAAUCAGAGGCCAGGUUGAAGGAGUUCAGAGAGCGCUGUGGUCAGUUAGAGGAUGAUGUUGAUGCCUCUAGUGGGCGGUGCUCUGAGCUGGAGGCCAGGCUGGAGGAGGCCUGUGCUCAGCUGGAGGAGAGCAUCACCUUCCUGGAGUCUCAUGAGGUUGUAAGUAAACGUCUGGCGGCGGAGAAGAGCUCGAUGGAGGAGGAGCUUCAGCAGGCGAGGACCAGAGAGGAGCAGCUCCUGGAUCAGGUGACUCAGCUGAAAGAGGAGUUGGGAAACGUCCAGGCUGCUUCCGACAGCAUCCUGCAGGACCGGGAGCUGGUAGCAGACAACUGCAGCCGCCUCUCCAACUCCUUCGUCCAGCUCCAGGCUCAGCUCCGAGCCCGAGACCAGACUGUCGCAACCUUAAGAUCUGAGCUGGAGAACCUGCAGGACGCCAUGACGACCAAAGCCGCUGAGCUGGACUCAUUAAAGACAGACCGCGCCCGGCUGAUCCAGGACCUGAAGGAGCAGGCGAUGGCGGUGGACAACCUGCAGCUGCAGCUGGACGAAGUCUCAGAGGAGCUGGACCGGAGGAGGAGCUUCGACCAGCAGCUGCAGGGGGUUCUGAAGAAAGAACAGACCAGAACCUCGCUGCUCCAGUCAGGUCUGGACGAGGAGAAGGAGGAGGUCUGUCGUCUGAGCCAGGAGAACAGUGGCUACAUCCGGCUGGCUGACCAGCUCUCCACGCAGAUCGUAGAGAUGGAAGAGGAGAUCUCCACCCUCAGAGACCAUCUCCGAGACCUCAGCUCCCAGCUCAACGAGACUGCAGACCUGGUCCUGGACCUCAGGAGGCAGCUCAACUCAAAAACCAGUGAGGUAGAUCAGCUCCAGGCUGAGGUGGCAGACAGCGCUGGUCUCUUACGUCACGUCAAGUCAUCGUCUGAGACGCAGAGCAGCAACGUUCAGCUGGAGGCCAAAGAUGGAGAGCUGGACCGAGUACAGGUCCAGGGGCUGCUGCAGGCCCUGCAGGUCUCCCAGGACCAGCUGAGGACAUCAGAGGAGGAGUUUGAGGAGGAGAAGAGGAAGAUGAGGCAGCAGCUGAUGGAGCUGGAGCAGCUGGUUCUGGCUCUGGAGGAGGUGACGGAGAAUCCGCACAGGACUCAGCUGGAGGAGCUUCGAUCGGAGAACGUCGCUCUGCAGGAGCGACUGAACGUCCUGCAGCCGGAAGUCCAGAACCUGGAGGACGACGUCGCCAAGAGGAGGAGGAAACUCGACGAGAUGGAACGAGAACACGAGAGGAGCAGAGAGGAAGAAGAGAAGCUGCACAGAGAGAACUCUAAAUAUCGAGAGGAGGUUCUGGAUCUGAGCAGCAGGAACCUGCAGCUGAGCAGCGACAACGCCGAGCUGAGCGCCCGUCUCCGUGGAGACCAGGAGUCCGUCCGGAUGCUGGGGGAGCGUCUUACGACCGUCUCCAAGGAGAAGGAGGAGGAGGCAGCCAUGGUGCGACGGUUGCAGGAAGCAGCAACGCAGCAGGGGAGAGAGAACAUUCAGCAGCAGACGUCCUGGACGCAAGAGCGACAUCUGCUGGAGAAAGAGCUGAACUCCUGCAAGGACAAGCUAGGUCGUCUGUCGGAGCUGGAGGCGGAGCUCAGCGCUGUGACUCUGAAGCUCCAGUGGUCAGAGGAGGACAAAGCCAAACUGCUGAGAGAGGCCGACGACCGCAACCACAAGGUGGAGAAGCUGCAGCAGUUGCUUCUCGCUCUGGAGUCGGAGGCUGAGCUGCUUCGCUCUCAGCUCCACGCCGUCAGCCGAGAGAAACUUGGUCACGCCCAGGAAGUAACUGACCUGCAGAGGGCGCUGGACGAUGCUCGCAACAAGGUGGAGGAGUUGGAGAGGAGCAUCAGGAAGUUAGUGAUGGAGAAGGACGAGCUGUGUCGGUCUCUGGAGGAGCAGGAGGAGCAGGCGUCCAUCGCUCUGCAGGAGGAAUCGCACAGACUGAGAGUCCAGAAGCAGGAGCUCCAACACAAGAUGACGGAGCUGCAGCUCCAGAGUGUGGACGUUCACAAACUGACGGAGGAGCAGCAGAAGCUGAAGAACAAAGUGAGCGAGCUGGAGGUGGAGAGGACGCAGGCGGAGAACCAGGCGUGGUGGGCGGACUCGGCCCUUAGUGUUGCGCAGGCGCAGCACACGCGGCAGCUGCAGGAGGUGCAGGAGCGAGCGGGCGGCGGCAGCAUGGAGCAGCUGCAGGUGCAACUGCUGGAGGAGCAGAGGAGGAGUCAACAGUUGGAGGAGACGCUGAAGCUUCAGGCUCAGCAGAGCAGCUCUCAGAUCAGCGUCAAGCAGGAUCAGUACGAGAAGGCGGUGGCGUCGCUGGAGCGGAGGACGGAGGAUCUAGAGCUGAAGCUGAAGGCCGUCCGCUCGGUUCUGCAGGAGAAAGUCCAGGAGCUCAAAGAGCAGAUGGCGAAGAACGCCAAGUCGAGCGUGAUGCUGAAGGAUCUGUACGUGGAGAACUCUCAGCUGAUGAAAGUGCUGCAGGUCACCGAGCAGCGGCAGAAGAAAGCAGAGAAGAACAACUUCCUGUUGAAGGAGAAGGUUGGCGCCCUCAACAGGCUGCUGAGAGAGAUCGUCCCUGUGUCACUCGCCACGUAGCUCCCGCACAAACAACUGUGACCACGCAGCUUCAGGGACCAAUCAGCAGCUGGUCUGAGAUCAGUUCCAAUAAAGCAGCCCCUGCACACGGGGGGGACGUUAGCCUAGCUUAGCACAAACACUGGAAGCAGGUGGAAACUGUUAGCACCAAGUCUGGAAGUAAUGGAAAAGCUCAGUUGAAAAAAAUCACUGUUGUAAGAAAAAAGUCACAAUAUUCAGAAUUAAUUUAAGAUUC